CGAGGGAGACAACCCAAAUCCAGAUCUGAACAUGCAAUUUCGGCGCUCAAAUGCUCCUUAAAUUGGUGUGAUUGUGCUGCGGAUUCCUGAAAGUUUCAGCCUUUUCGAAUCUCUCCUUCAGUUGUUUUUUUGCGAUUUCCAACAAGAAUUUGAUGCAAUUUUGGCGGGAGAAGUGUGGCGCUUUCUGUAUAGAGAGCGAUUCGUUCUAGGGUUCCGUCGAGUUCUCGGAGAUGGGAGCGUUGACAGUUAAUCGGAAGCGCGGCGAGGAUUAUUUCGCGGUGAAUUCUAGAAACGGGUCUCUAAAUAUCGAUCAGGUUUUGAAAAGGCCCAGGCUUUCGACUUCCAGUCCUGCUUCGCACCCACAUCUCAGCGGAAAGUCUGUAGUUUCGAGGUUUUAUCGGUACCCUGAAGCUGUUGCCCCCAUCAAAAGAGAAGUACACGCUCCUUGCAGAAGGGUCAGGUUCGGGCAUUCUGAGAAGUCUAGGGAUUCUUCGACCAGUGGUGAUUUUAGGGAGAAGUGUGGCAGUGAAAUGGGGAAUUUAAUUGCUAGACUGUUUGGGAAGGCGAAGCGGAGUGAGAAAGAUGGCUCGAGGCAUGGGGCACAUGUGAAUGAGGUUAUUGAGAUUGAUAUUGAUGUUAGGGAGGAUAGUGUUUCCCGGGAUUGGUUUAUGAAGGAUGUUGAAGUUGUGGAAAAGGUUAGUAUUGUUUCUCCUCCAAAGGAUUGUCACGGGGAUGUUGAAAUGUUAGACAAUUAUGUAAAGAAUGAUGUGGAGAGAGCAAUUCACCCACGGAGUGGUUCAUUGGCUACAGAAUUGAACGAUGCAAGUAUGAAUGUUUAUAAUCAAUCCAAGACUUCCGAUUUGAUAUCAACCCACCAUGAAUUCGAGAACUUGGGGCUCCCUGCAUACAAGAAGUUGCUUGGUAAUAUGGAGAAGAGAUAUGACUGCAAUAUCAGGAGGUUAAAUUUCCAGAUUGAACUACACGAGAAACGUCGCCAAAGACAUCAAUUGUUUCGGAAACGGGAGGAGGUGAUUGAGGAUGUGAUUACGGAACCUUUUGUUCCACUCACUGAUGAUGAUAAGGCUCAGGUUGAUCAAGCUUUUUCCGGUUCAAAUAGGGGGAGAGUUUUGGUAACUCAUAAGAACUCCAAUAUUGAUAUUACUGGGAUUUUAUUACAGUGUUUGAAACCAGGGAAAUGGCUGAAUGAUGAGGUUAUUAAUGUAUAUCUUGAGUUGCUAAAAGAGAGAGAGACCAGGGAGCCCAAAAAAUUCCUGAAAUGUCAUUUCUUUAACACCUUCUUCUACAAAAAGUUAAAAAGUGGGAAGACUAACUACAACUAUCAAUCUGUACGAAGAUGGACUUCUCAACGGAAAUUGGGAUAUGGCCUAUUUGAAUGUGACAAAAUUUUUGUUCCCAUUCACAAAGAAGUACAUUGGUGCUUAGCUGUCAUCAACAAGAAGGACAAAAAGUUCCAGUAUCUUGAUUCUCUAAGGGGACGAGAUAAUCAAGUGCUGCAAAUACUAGCUAGAUACUAUGUAGAUGAAGUAAAGGACAAAAAUGGUGAGGACAUUGAUGUUAGUACAUGGGAAAUGGAAUUUGUUGAAGAGCUUCCUGAGCAACAAAAUGGGUAUGAUUGUGGCAUGUUCAUGAUUAAGUAUGCUGAUUUCUAUAGCAGAAAUAUAGGGCUCUGUUUUAGUCAGGAACACAUGGCUUAUUUUCGGUCGAGGACUGCAAAGGAGAUUUUGAGGUUGAAAGCUGAAUGAUCAAACUUCAUGUGUGCUUUCUUUUAAUCCCCGGAUGGAUUACACUAUGUUUGGUUCAAGGAAUUUGAGAGGGAAAAGAAAAGAAAAUGAGAAGGAAAAUAUUUUUCUUGUUUGGUUAGAGAGGAAAAGAAAAGAAAAGUGAAAGGAAAAGAAAAAGAGAAGGCAAAAUGUAUUAAGAGGAAAGAAAACCAAAUUCCUUCCAUUUUGGUGAGGAAAAUGAGGGAAAAUCAUUUUCUUUUCUUUUUCUACCAAAUUCCUUGAACCAAACGUAGUGUUAGAGUGCCAAAAUGAUUCAAAGAUCGGAUGCCAGUUUUGAUCGAGUUAGAUGUGUUCUUUGUAGAUUGCUUUCCAUAUGUAUUGGCUGUUGUUUGAUACUUAGAUGUGCCAAAAUAUAGUGUCUAAUUGCUGCUUUAUUAGUUUUUACUUAGUGGUGGGUUUUGUAAAAUUCAUUUCUAGUGAUGGCUAUAUGAAAGGACCAAGUCCAUAUGAUGUUUUUUGGGACAUACAUGAAGAAAAAAGAAACAUUUUU